CUUUUUGCACUUAUAUAUGUUAAAUUUUUUUUGUGUACAUAUUGAGUUAUUUAUUAAAAAAAAAAAAUGUUAAUUAUUCCCCCUAUAAUGUAGAGUCUGAUAAUGUAUAAAAUUAUAUUCAAAACAAGAUUUAUAGAACCAAAAAUACUGUUAUAAAAUGAUAAGAAUAUUUUUUAACCUGAAUGUAAACAUCUCAUUUUAUUAUUACUAUUGUGUUGCCAUGGGAAUUGAGUCAUAACAACUUAUAUAUGUUGAGGCAAUGUUAAAAUCAUAGAUUUUUGUCUAUGAUGUAUUUAUUUGCUUGGUAAAUGGUUCAAUUAUUUAUUUGUAGAUUAAAAAUCUAAUAUCUUAUAAAAUUAUGGAGUUAUUAUAUUUAGUAAUUAUUUUAAACGUUGUAAAAUUUUGUUUGCCUAAUGGAGAAAUUGUUACAUAUAUUGCACCGAAAAACUGUUCUGAUCAUGAAUUUUAUGUUCCUAGUUUAAUGUUGUGUGUUCUAUGUGAUGAUCGAAAAAAAUCAUCCAUUGAUCGUUUGAGUUGCAUUUGUGACAAAAAUAACAGAUUUGUUAACAAAGUAUGUGAACCAUGUCCAUCAAACACAAUUGUAUCCUUGGAUCGUUUACAUUGUUUAAAAAGAACUAAUGUAUCAUGUGGAUCAAAAGAUAUUGAGUUGGAAACUGAAGUUAACGGAUCGGCAUUGGCAUCGAAAUCGUGCAUUCGUUGCGCGCCUGGGACACAGCCGUCGGUCGACCGAGCGAAGUGUUUGCCCUGUCCGGUGACGAACUGUACAUGCCCACUGACAACGCACGAGCUGCUUUUGGAUGGAACGUUGUGCGUUUUCCGAGCAAAUCUAACAUCUUGGCCUGACGAAAAGGACACAUAUAUUGUUGAAUACGAUGCGGUCAGCGUGACCGUGGAGUCCGACUAUAUGAAAAAGCACCUGAGAGCUUUUCUGCACGAAUGCGUCAAAAUGAAACACAGAACUGCCUGCGAGGCCCUCGGUAACCUUUGUGCGAUCCAAAUGUAUAAGGACGAGCGGAAAGUUGGUCCAUGCAAGGUGUUCAAAGAUUAUAGGCGCAUACCUACGUCGUCUGAUGCCGAUCGGUGGCCUAUUCCUUGGCUUUACUACGGCGAAGGAGACGCAUCUAUUGUUUUGAAUAGGAAAAAAAUUACGGCCAAAUACAGCAUAAAGCCCGGCAAGCAUAAUAGCAAUUUGCAGCUGGUAGCUGCUAGAUACCAUCUAAAUGGAUCGUUUAUUAAUAUCUCUGAAUUGAGGCCCGUCGAAUUUCAUCUAUGCCCUGGAUUGUGGAGUGGCAUUGAAUCGGCUUUUCGUUUCGGAGCUAGAUAUAUUCAUACGUGUAGUAUAUCAGCAAAGCAGAUGGUCAGUCAAGGUACACCGGAACCCAUAUUUUACGACCUUUACUUGCAGUACAACGAUGGCAAAAGUAAUAUGUUAUAUGCGAUUCCGCUGUUGGUGAGGAACAUCAAAGUAGGAACGAUAUAUCCAAAUAAAGGUAGAGAUACGUCACAAUGGUUAUUAACAAGACGCAUGUUUCUGUUGGAUAAGUUUAGUGGAGUUUCGACCAAAAUCCCAAGUUCACCAACGGUAAUACAAUACCUUAAAUCUAUUAAACUUGUGGUCCAAGCACAACGUGAAAUCGAAAACGAAGGCAACAUCUAUCCUCCCUUCAUAGUUUUGGAAUACGAUCAAAUAACUAAUGAAAAUAUAUCGUUGGGCGAUGUGUUCCUUGUGACGUUCACAGUAGAGUUUUACAUGGAAAACGACAUCCUUCAUUAUGUCGACAUGGGUCUGGGCAUUCUUAGUGGCUGCGUAUUUAUUUGGAGCUGUAUACAUACAUGGAGUGAAUCGAAACGAUGCGGUAGAAUAACCAUCGAUUUUUGGACAGUCGGACAAUUUGCCAUUACCUGUUGUUCACAUUUCGCCAACAUGAUAUUUGCAGUAUGCCUCCUGUUGGCCGUCCAUACGUUGGUUUUUUAUAAAGCUCAGAGUGUUGUAUACAUACUUCUGCCGUCUCAAGACCUGGAAGCUGUUGUUAAUCGAUACGUAGUCGUGGCAUUCUUAUUAAAGAUUGUUGAACUAGUACGACUAAUAUGGAAACAAACAAGUAUUGACAUAUUUCUUGUAGAUUGGGAAAAACCAAGAAUUUUACCUAAUCAAAAACAAAUCGGUACAAUGACUACACAAAAGCAAACCGUAAGCAUAUGGCGAAGCUAUUUCGUGGCGAACGAGUGGGCUGAAAUACAGACGAAAAGGAAGAUUAGUUUACCCAUGCAGCUCGUGUUCACCGUACUACUCUUAAAAAUUUAUGGUUUAGAAAACUGGGCUGCGGCUGAGCCUGAAGUGCAUUUGAAUCGAAUAUCGUACAGGCCGAUUAGUCAACUGUUGGGAUUGGGCAUGAUCGUCGUUGUGUUCAGUACCGUGUACAUAGUUCAGUGGUUAGUAACAGUGGCAAUAUACGAGACGUACAUUAAAAAUUGUAUACAGCAGUUUGUCGACAUCUGUUCGUUGGCUAACAUCAGCGUGUUCAUUUUGUCCGCGGAAUUCUUCGGUUAUUACAUCCAUGGCAGAUCAGCGCAUGGGUUUUCGGAUACCGAUAUGGAGAGCUUAAUCGGUCAGCUCAGGAAGGAGGAGGAUAACAUGGUCAGGCACAGGGGCUUAAUGCCGGGCACAGAAAAUCAGACAUUUGAAAUGACGGUUCCUUCGUCAUUGAGGACGUACUAUCGACGAGUAAUGGCGCCUCUGAACAGUAUACAAUCAAAACAGAUAUCGAGCUCAUCAUUUAGGAUCAAGAAAGUCGAUAAAACUGAUAUGGCUAGAAUAGGCCAGGCGUAUAAUAAUAUGAACAAAUUCCUAACGGCUUUUUUGGACCACGCUUUGAAAGACUUAGAUUAUGAAAUACGCGAGAAGACUUUUGUCGAAAAGUUACUUGGAAUCGAAUAUUCAGAUCCUUUGGACAAAGGAGUGUUUUUCAUUGACGACGGUCAUUCGUUCGAUCAAGUGAUUUUUUAUGGAAACGAGUGUACUCUGAUAAUAUUUGACUUAAUGAUGCUAUCAUUUUUUUUCGUACUUACCGAGAACAUUGUGCUUGCUGGAAUUUUUACAGGACUUAUAAUGAAGGCGAUGAGUAUCAUUAGAACCACAUUUGGUAAAAGGAAUUUGGCCAAGAAAACCUUAAUCGACGAGAGGUUUUUAAUAUAAAUUAUAAAAACCAUGUAAUUUCAAAAAAUAACUCCAAUUCAAUCUAGAUAUGUAUUUUUUUUU